AUGAAAAAGUGCCUAGACUCACAUCAUGUUUUAAAGUCACUAUCAGAAACUAGAUGGUCUGCUCGAGCUGAUGCUGUUACUACUUUGUGUAAUGGUUACAAGGAAAUUUUAGAUGCUCUAAAAACAAUUGAAAUAGAUGAUAAGACUUCACCAAAUGUUAAAAACGAAACCCAUGGCUUAAUUAAGAAAAUGAAAAAGUUGGAAAAUAUUGUUCUUACUGAAAUUUGGAGUAAAAUCUUAUCAAGAAUAAAUGAAACAAACAAAAAUUUACAAAAAGAAAACCUUACUAUUGACGUUGGUUCAAAAUUAUUUGAUUCUCUUGCUGGUUUUCUAAGUGAGAUUAGAGAUAACUUUUAUAGUUAUGAAAGUUCCGCUAGAGAAAAAUUUCCAGAUUCUGACUAUAAAGAUUUACACCAACGAACUAAGAAGAGGAGUAUUCAUUUAACAUUACCCGGUGAACUGACAAACAAAAGUACAUCGUUUUCAGGUAGUGAAAAAUUCAAAAUAGAAACUUACUUCCCAAUAAUAGAUACAUUAAUAACUCAGUUAAAAAUUCGUGGUAAAUCAUACAAAUCAAUAAAUAAACUGUUUGGAUUUUUCUCUAAUUUAAAAAAUUUAGAGACAAAAAAAGUACAAGUCCAUUGUAAAACAUUUGCGGAAUUUUAUCACGUAGAUAUUAAUGAAAAUGAAUUAAUUUUAGAAUGUAUACACUUAAAAGCGUAUCUAUCGGAACUUGAUAUUUCUGAAUUCAGUAUUUCUAGUACAUACAAAUGUUUAAAAUCAAAUAGACUAGAAGAAACAUUUCCAAACAUAAUAAUAUCUUUCCGAAUUUUUUUAUCAAUGAUGAUUACCAACUGCAGUGGGGAACGUUCAUUUUCUAAGUUAAAUUUAAUUAAAGAAGAGCUUAGAAGUACAAUGAGCCAGAAACGGUUAAACUCCCUAUCUUUAAUGAGUAUUGAACAUGAACUACUAUCAAGUUUAGAUUAUGAAAAUGUUAUUGAAGACUUUGCGAAUGAAAAAGCUAGGAAGAAACCAUUAAAGAGUAUUUAA